AUGACGACCGUCCUGCCUGGAGAACACAUCUCUGCACAACAUGUGAACCUGAAGCUUGGUCCAGGGCUUUUACAACUGUCAAGUAACCAGGGAGAGUCUGCGGUGGUAUCUACUCGUGCAGGCGAGCUUAAACACUCCGCUAACCGAAGUCGAUGGUGGGUGGAGGGCAAUUCGCGUCGGUAUAUUCCUGCGGCGCAGGAGUCUGUGGUAGGUGUGGUUAUUGCCCGAAGCGGGGAAAACUGGCGAGUGGACAUCGGGGCGGCACAUAUGGCCUCUUUGGAUGGGCUUGCAUUCGAAGGGGCGACGAAACGAAAUAGGCCGAACCUCAAGGUAGGUUCGUUGCUGUACGCCCGGGUAUCCUUGGCACACAAGGACAUGGAACCCGAGCUCGAAUGCUUCGAUGCACAGACGCGGAAAGCAGAGGGUUUCGGUGAGCUGAAGGGGGGUUUCCUCGUGCACUGCAGUCUGAAGAUGUGCCGUCUAUUGCUGGAUCCCAAUCAUUUUUUGCUUCCGAUCCUGGGCGCACGGUUUCCCUUGGAGACUGCCACAGGACUCAACGGCCGGAUGUGGAUCAACACAAAAGAUCCACGACAUAUAAUUGCUGCAACGCGAUGUAUCGAAGCAGUGGAUCCAGAUGAAGGAGGCAUGGACGAACUUGGUGUGAAGAAAUUCUUGGGCACACUGGAUAUCUGA